GAAAACCUUUGCCCACCCACCCCUUCGAGGUGGCCGAGAAAAAACCCGACCCCUGCCCCCCUCCCAGGCACCGACAGCGGAGAAAACCCCGGGUUUUAUUCUCCCAGGCUCAAGUGUUUGAACUGGAGAGGAGGUUCAAGCAGCAGAAAUACCUCUCUGCCCCGGAACGGGAGCAUCUGGCCAGCCUGCUCAAGCUCACCUCCACCCAGGUGAAAAUCUGGUUCCAGAACCGCAGGUACAAGUGCAAGAGGCAAAGACAGGACAAAUCCCUGGAGCUGGCUGCCCACCCGCUGCCCCCGCGCAGGGUGGCGGUGCCCGUGCUGGUCAGGGAUGGCAAACCCUGCCUGGGGGGCUCCCAGCCUUACCCCGCCCCCUACGGCAUCGCUGCCAGCCCCUACUCCUACAGCUCCUACUACAGUGCCUAUAGCAGCACCCCCUACGCGGCCAGCUACGGAGGGGGCUACGCCGGGGUGCCCCCCAGUGCCACCCCCACCCUGAACGUCAGCUUGGGCACCACCAGAGCUGCUCAGCACCAGCCUUCCUGCUUGCAAGCAGGGAUCAGGGCUUG